AUGAAUAUUGAAGAUGAUUCAAAUUCAUUGAUUGUAAGUGAUAUUCAAAAUUGGGAAACUACUUUAGAAAAAGCCAUCAAAGCAAUUGUUAGCAUUAAAGCAAAUCAUGUUAGAAGUUUUGAUACUGAGUCAUCAGCUACAGGGUUUGUAGUUGACAUAGAGAAAGGUUUAAUUUUAUCAAACAGACAUGUUGUAUCACCAGCACCAAUUGUAGCUCAAGCAAUAUUUACCAAUUAUGAGGAAGUAGAGCUAAAACCUAUUUAUAGGGAUCCUGUUCAUGAUUUUGGUUUUUUGAAGUUCGAUCCAUCAAAGAUUAAAUUUAUGGAUUUGGUACAGAUUCCUCUUAGUCCUGAAAAGGCCAAAGUUGGUUUAGAAAUUAGAGUUGUUGGUAAUGAUGCUGGUGAAAAAUUGUCUAUAUUAUCUGGUACAUUGGCAAGAUUAGAUAGAAGAGCACCAGAAUAUGGAGUGGGAGAAUAUAAUGAUUUUAAUACAUUUUAUUUACAAGCGGCAUCGGGUACAAGCGGAGGUUCAUCAGGUAGUCCCGUGUUAGAUAUAGAUGGGAAUGCAGUAGCUUUAAAUUCUGGUAGUGCAAGUAGAGCGGCAUCAAGCUUCUAUUUACCAUUGGAUCGAGUCAAGAGAGCAUUACAUUUCCUACAAGAAGGAAAAUCUGUACCACGUGGAACUAUACAAACAGAAUUUGAACAUAUGCCAUAUGAUGAGUUACGUCAUUUAGGCCUUGAUCCUAGCAUAGAAGAAAAUGUGCGUGAAAUGUUUCCUGAUGAGACUGGAUUACUUGUGGUACGAUCAGUUUUACCUAAAGGUCCAUCGGAUGGUAUAUUGAUACCAGGUGAUAUUGUGAUAUCUACUAACCAUUCAACUGUUACAAACUUUUUGGAUUUGUUUUCAUUGAUUGAUGAUUUUAUUGGAAAAACAAUAUCACUUUCAAUAUGUCGCAAUAAAGUGAUAGAGGAUGUUACAGUUCUGGUACAAGAUUUACACUCGAUAACUCCCAAUAGAUUUGUAGAGAUUGGUGGAGGAGUUGUCAACGAGUUAAGUUAUCAAUUGGCACAUUCUUAUUCACAACCUGUUGGUGGUCCAUUUAUAGCAGCAAGUGGACAUAUGUUUGGUGGUGCAUCUGCUUUUCGUGAGAGUGUGAUUGUUAGUGUUAAUAAUAUUUUAACACCAAAUUUAGAUGAAUUUAUUGAAGUGAUGAAGACUUUACCAGAUGGUGCAAGAGUUCCCAUAAGGUUUUAUUCUUUAUCAAAAAUUCAUAAAGAAUAUGUUACUAUUAUGCAUGUUGAUAGACACUGGCAUAAGUUUCAAGUCGCUGUUCAUAUAACAGGGCUAUGGAAUUAUACAGAAAUGUCACCGCCACCAGCAAUUCAUUCAUAUGAACCAGUGACAGGGUCUUAUCAGACAUUACAUUCUUCAUUAGGACCAGCUAAUAAAUUAUGGUCAUCAUUUGUAUUAAUAGAAUUUCGUUUACCAUAUCUUGUUAAUGGGAUGGUUAGGAAACAAUUUUAUGGUGCUGGAAUAAUUUUUUCAACUGAUCCACCAAUAAUAGUAUGUGAUCGAGAUACCAUACCAAUAAGUGUUGGCGAUGUAUUUAUAACAUUUGGUAAUAGUGUGAUAAUACCUGGUAAAAUCUUGUAUUUGCAUCCGUUAUAUAAUUAUGCAAUAUUAACCUAUGAUGCUAAAUUGUUGGGAGAGACACCAGUAAAAGCCAUAGAGAUUUAUGAAGGACGAGAGUUAGAUCAAGGCGAUGAAGUUUAUUUGAUUAGUGUGGCAGGUGAUUCAUCGCCUGUUAUGAAAAAAACAUACGUAAAUCAUAUUGGAGAUGUUGAUACAAGAGAAUGCAAUCCGCCAAGAUGGAGAGCUAUGAACGUUGAAGGAAUAACCGUUGAUGAUGCUAUUGGAACACAAGGAGGAGUAUUAUGCAAUGAAGAAGGAAAAGUACAAGCAUUAUGGUUAAAAUAUUCAUCACAGAAUGAAAAUGAAAAGGAUUACAUCUUUUUUUGUGGAUUACCAAUAUCAUUGGUUAAACCUACCGUUGAAUUAAUCAAGAAAGGAGAGCAUCCGGAAUUGAGAGGAUUGAAUGUAGAAUUUUGGACCAGAAGAAUAUCUACAGCAAGAGCUUAUGGAUUACCAAAUGAUUGGAUUAAAAAAAUAGAAUCAGCGCCCAAUUCCAAGCAUACAAUGCUAUAUGUUUUAAAUAUUUUAGAUUUUACUAGUCCAGCUGGUAAAUUAUUAAAAGUUGGAGAUAUUGUAUUGAAGAUGAAUAGAAAUCUUGUUACUAGGAUGGCAGAUUUACCUAAAGCGUAUAAUGAAGCAGAAGAAGUUGACAUGCUUGUUUUUAGAGAUGGAAAAGAGAUAAAUGUUAAUGUGGCAACCACGCCAUAUGACAAAAAGGAGACAACGAGGAUUUUAUGUUGGUCUGGGGCAUUAAUACAGAUGGCAUAUAAAGCGGUAUUAGAACAAGUACGUAAGCCACCAAUAGGAGUUUAUGUAGCAUGUACAUUGUUCGGAUCACCUGCAUCAAUCACAUUUCAUCCAGGGAUAUGGAUAGUUGAAGUACAAGGUAAAAAGGUGAAUGAUUUGGAUUCGUUUUUGAAAGCAGUUAAACAACAUGAAGUAGAGAUGAAGGAGAAUGAAGGGGAUGGGUAUAUUAGAAUAAAAACUAUUGAUAGACGAGAUGUUACUCAUGUGGUAACAAUGAAACUAGUACCUCACUAUUGGAACACAUGGCAAUUGAUAAAAGAUGACUCAGCCCAGACUGGCUGGAAAUGUGUACCUGCUUAA